AUGGUCAAUAUUGUUGGGACAAAUGAUGCUGAUGCUACUGUACCCGAAGAUUAUGUGAAACCUCCCGAAGACCAGAGCGGCCUGGGCCCAAAUCCAAUCAAUGUCGUUGACGAUGUGACACAAGCUCAGGACCCUGCAUUCACCAAUAACUUUCUUCCUAUGACUCUUACCAAUGCCCCUAUUGAAGUGGAUAGCGCCGAUAAUAAAUGCGAAUUACUUACCGCUGCCAAGGAACAGCUCAAUCAGCAACAACGGAUCGAGAAGUUUGAGGGGUCUUUACAGAGCCAGGAACAGAUCCACGAACUGCAUACUCAACAACAGCAGUUCCAACAGCAGCAGACCCAACAGCAGCAGACCCAACAACGGGAGACUCAACGAAAACAAAUCCAACAACAGCAGAUCCAACGACAACAGAGUCAACUGCAGCAGAUUGUUCAAAAGCAGCAGCCCCAAAAUCAACCAAUGCAACAAUUACCGAUGCAACAAGUGCUGAUACAGCAGCAGCAAAUGCAGCGACGGCAGAUGCAACAGCAGCUGGCCCAAGAACGGCAGAUCAAACAACGGCAGAUUCAACAAGAGCAGAUCCAACAAAUCCAGACCCAACAACAACAGAUCAAACAAAAGCAGAUCCAACAAUAUCAGAUCCAACAAUAUCAGAUCCAGCAACAGGAAUUUCAGCAACAGGAAUUUCAGCAGCAGCAAUUUCAAAUCCUUCAGAUCCUACAACUCCAGGAGCUUGAGCACCUUAGAGAAUCUCAAGAGCGUCAAGGCUUACAGAGCCACGCUGUUGCUGCUUCCCAGCAGAAACUAUAUCAGCAAGAGCAACUUGAGCAGCAGUGGAUUCACCAACGGUGGGUUCAGCAGCAGCAGAUUAAGCAACUCCAGGAGAUCCAGGAUUUUGAGAAGCAUUUACAGAGCCAGGGUAUCCAGCCCCAAGCCUCCGCUCCUGUCGGUAAUAUCACCGAGAACUAUGUGUCAGACGCUGGUCAACAGCAGCAAAAUAACCUAGGGGACCCAAGUAUUUGA